AUGAAACGUGCUGACGAGAAUAUUGAUAAUUCUUUAUUAUCAUUAGAACAUUUUCAUGACAAUAGAACUACUUUAAUGGAUUUACCAAAUGAAAUUUUACUUCUUAUUUGUCGUUAUUUAUCACCAGCUUAUGUUCUUUAUUCGUUUUAUACACCUGAAAAAGCUGAAACACGUUUACAUCGUUCAAUAAUUGAUUAUUAUACAAAAAUAAAACUUGAUAAAAUAUCAUUUGAUGCAUAUGCCUAUAUUCACGAGUUACUUAGUGAUUCUAAUACUCCUCUUCAACCUGAAUCUCUAAUAUUAAGUAAUGAACAUAUAACUUGUUUAACACAACGAUAUUUUACUUAUAUUCGUAAGAAUCUCAUUCAAUCAAUAUUCACCAAUUUGAAACGUCUUACAUUAAUCGAUUGUUCUACAAGUGAAAUUCAACAAAUUGAUAGAGAAUAUAUUGAUGAUCUACAGCGACUUGAAUAUUUUCAUAUUAAUGUUCAUAAGUUGGACAAAUAUUUUAUUUCCGAAGAACCAUGUGAUGGAUCGAUUGGUCGAAUAUUAUUCAACAAAAAGCUUUCAUCAUUAAACACGAUAAAGAUUGAAUUAUUAGAUGGCCUUUCAUUAUAUCAAUCUUUAAUAUCUCAUGAAAAUCUUCGUCAUGUUGAAAUUAUUUUAAAAACAAUCGAUGAUUUAUGUAUAUUACUCGGUCGACUUAUACCAAAUGUUCAAUCAUUAAUUGUCCAUUUAACUCAAACACGUAUUUUGACAUGUCUUCAUUUACCAUGUAAAUUAUCAUGUCCUCAACUAACUGAAUUUGCUCUGUUCGAACCUUGUGUCAGAUUAGUUAUUGAUAAUCUUAAAUGUAUUUUUAGCGCAAUGUCAAAUUUAAUUAAAUUAACAUUAAGUAUUCGUGAUACACCUGAUUCACAAUUUUGUCAUGGUCCCACAAUGGAAUCGAUAUUAACAGAAUAUUUACCACAUCUUCGUCAAUUUGAUUAUACAAUGACACAUCGAAUUAGUGAUAAAUUAUUAAUUGAAGAUUUCAUUCGGUGGCCAAUGAAUGUUACUUAUUAUUUUAAUGAAAAUUCUAAAUGGAUCCAUAUAUAUUCACUACCAUGGCCAUUAAAUAAAGAUGAUCAACGACGAUUACCUAUUGUUAAAAAUGGAUAUAUGACAACAGUUGGAUCAGAUGUUAAACAAGCUGAACAUAUGGAACAUAUGAAGAUUACAAAAUCAGAUGAAUUAAUUGAAUUGGAAACUCGUUUUCAUCGAGUUUGUAAAAUAACAACUUGUUUUUCAAUUAAUAGGAAAUUACCUGAACGAAUUACAAAAUUGAUUCUUACAGAAGAAACUCCAAUUGGUUCUAUACAGUCAAUAGUUCAACCUUAUAUUCAUCAUUUAAUUGUUGAACGUCGUUUAAUUGAUGAACAAGAAAUAUCUUCUCUUGCUCAUCAAUAUCCAAAUGUUAAAUAUUUACAAUUAUUAUUUCCAUUGGAUAAUUCGUUAUUUCUUCGGUGCUUUCAAGUUUUGUUUAGUAUGGAUGAUAGUAGUGAUAAGAAGUUACGUUUUUGGUCUGAAUUAAUCAAUUUUUCGACGAAAUAUGUUUAUGGACAAUCAAAUGGAAUACUAAGUGACGGUAAAUUUCAUCAAUGGCUUAUUGACAAUACUGAUUUGAAAUAUCAUACGUUGAUAUUUUAUGCAAACUGUUCGAAUUCAAUGUUUUCUAUUUGGCUUUAA